UUUUGCUAUGACAUUAUGUUGUUACUAAAAUGAAAUUAGUGGGACCUGAACUAGACGACGUUGAGUGCCCUGUAUUUUAUCCUUCCGAAGCAGAAUUUAAAAAUUUCAGUGAAUAUAUUACUUAUUUGGAGACUACCACAGAUGUUUUAAACUUUGGACUCGCCAGAAUUAUUCCACCUAAAGGCUGGUCCGGACGUUUAUUAUUAUCUGAAGAGUAUUAUCAAGAGAAAGUUACCUCAGAAAUGAGAAUUCCAUCGCCUAUUUUACAGCAGUUUACAGGAAGUUCAGGUUGUCCAAGUGAAGGAGAAUUUUGAGUUGUAUCAACUUCGUGCAAAAUGGAAUAAGCGUUACUGCUUUUAAACAGAAAGCUUUAAAGUGCAGUGGUCCUGAAGAUGAAGUUUUUACGAACAGUUCUGUCGAUGAGGAACUAUAUUUGUCCGGGAUUCCAAAAAACAAAUUUUUAGAAAUUAAGGCUGAAAAACUCUUUUGGGCUACUAUUUUAGGUUUUAAUCCCGCUCUUUACGGUGCUGAUGUAAAAGGCACGUUAUUCCCUAAGGAUGUCCGAGACUGGAACCUUAAUGAUCUCCCCUCUUAUUUAAAAGAUAUCGCUGGAAAGGAAAUUGCCGGCGUAACGACGCCUUACCUGUAUUUUGGCAUGUGGAAAGCGGCGUUUUGCUGGCACACUGAAGACAAGGACUUGUACAGCAUUAACUAUUUGCACUUCGGAGCACCGAAGAGCUGGUAUGGCGUGCCACCUGACGACUAUUACCAAAUGCUCAACUUUAUGAAGCACCACUUUCCUAGCGAAUUUAGCAAGUGUUCAGAAUUUAUGAGGCACAAGCAAGCUCUCGUCUCACCAUACCAUCUUCGUCAGAACAGCAUUCGUUUUUGUAAAACGACCCAAAGAGAAGGACAAUUUGUGAUAACGUUUCCUCGAUGUUUUCACGCUGGGUUUAACUGGGGGUUCAACUGCGCGGAGGCCGUCAACUUUGCUACUCCUCGCUGGAUCGACUACGGCAAAAAUGCAAAAGUCUGCAGAUGCAUAGAAGAUAGCGUGGACAUCGACCUGCGCGGACCCCGCCUCACCACACAGCCACGUGACUUCACUACUCGGGAAAGUCUACGGCAUGAACGUCUCAAAGCCAAGUGGAGGCGCGUAUUCAAGAACGAUCGAAUCAUUAAUGAGGGCGAGCACGCCAAGCUGGAGACUGAAAACGCUGAACACGUUCGCUUUGUAGACAGCGCUGGAGAAAUAGUGAGGGACGCUUGCGCUUCGACAAGACACGUGGAACAAAAUGGGGUCGAAAAUUUUGGCAGCGUGCUCUGCUCUGUAUGCCGCACAGAAGGGAUCCUGCUGACCGACCUGGCCGUCCUGAGCAAAAGGAAAAGGACGCGAAACACCCUCAUUGCGCCCGACUCCCUUGCCAGCGGCUGUUGGGAAGAUACUCUUCAUCCGAAAGAAACAGGUCACAUGGAAAAUGGUUAUCCAUGUGACACUGUAGCACGUGAUGGUGCGGCCCAGCAACUUGGAGGCGAAAGUUUGUACACUGCCAAUCACAAACCUGCGCGGAGGGGCAGGCGCCUGCUCUCCGCGCAGAAAAGACCUGAACUUUUUAGCAACAUCCAUAAGUCCAGGGUUGGCAUCGUUUGCUGUUAUGUUUGCCGCGUGGCUGUUCAUUUAGAUUGUUACUUCUUAGCCAGCGUGGACUGCAACCGCUGGAAAUGUGACCGCUGUAGCACGCGUGCUUACCAUGCAAGUUGCGUCUUGUGCCCGAACAGAGCGGGCGCCCUACUACAAUGCAAGGAUGGGGGUUCUGCCAAUCAGAGCUUAUGGGCUCACGUGUCUUGCGCCGUAUGCUUGCCCGAAACUACUCUAGAGUUCGAGAGCCGCCCUGUAGUGGUCGGGCUAUCCAGCAUUGGCAGUGCCCGCCGGAAGCUGCGCUGUAAGCUUUGCAAAACCAAUGAGAGCACGCCAUCAAAAGGCUAUCAGGCGUGCAUUCAGUGUGCGUACAAAUCCUGCGUUACUGCCUUCCACGUUUCCUGCGCUUUCAAAGGCGCAGGCAUGGUCCUUCACGGGGAUAGCUGGCCCAACUUUUACUUCUGUCAAUGUUACUGUGCCCGUCAUGAUCCUCAUAACCAGCGCCGCUCCCUCCCGAUUAGUGACGAACCUCUUCCCGAUUGUACUCCAGUGUGGGCCAAAUAUUCACGCGACAAACGAUGGUACCCUGCGAAAAUUGUUUCCUACGACACCAAUAAGGAAAAAUACACCGUGCUGUUCGAGGACGGCUACCGGGCGAUUCUCAAGCGUAACUGUCUCUGGUCGCUGCUGGAAUGGGACCUGUGCAGGCCCAAGCACGCUAAAAUCGGAAUGGCCGAACCUACAGUGGGGAAUAUUACCAACCGAUAGACUUUUUGUUUUGAUUUUUUCUCGGAUCCUUUGCCGUCUGGCCCUUCCCGCUUCCCUUGCGUUGCA